AUGCUCUUUGGUGUCCGUCUUGCUAACGAAAUUUACCCGCCAUGGCGUGACGCCUAUGUUCAGUACGAGGUUCUUAAAAAACUUCUCAAAGAAAAUGUCAUUCCUGUCUCUGAAGAAUCCUGGACUCCUGAUGACGAAACCAACUUUGUUGAGGCCCUCGAUAAAGAACUUGAAAAGGUUUAUUCUUUCCAAACAAAGACUUAUGAAUCCCUUUCUGACCGCCUAGCUACUAUUGAAAAAAGUAUCAACAACUCUGUCGAAUCUCAUCAGUUUACUGAAGAUGAUGGGAAAGCCCUUGAGUCUGACUUAGAAGAGAUUCUUGAAGAAGCAAAACAACUCGAUCGUUUCUCGCGUCUUAACUUUACUGGUUUCACCAAAAUUGUUAAAAAACAUGACCGUCUUCAUUCAAAGUACCAAGUUAAACCCCUUCUUCAAGUCCGUCUCAAUGCCCUCCCCUUCCAUUCUGAAGAUUACUCUCCUCUUCUUUACCGUAUCUCGGUCAUUUAUGCCUUUCUCGCUGAAAACCUCACUGGUGCAGAUGCCACCGCUGCCUCUGCUUCAGCUAAACUCUCCUCUGUCACAAACUCUGAAAACUCAGAUUAUACAACCUACAAGUUCUGGGUCCACCCUGACAAUGUCAUGGAAGUUAAAACCCGCAUUCUCCGCCACCUUCCUCUUCUUGUUUACGGCUCCAAAUCUCAUGGUGAAACUGACGACGCUGAGGCCCACCCCCAGCAUGACCCUACCAUCACUUCGCUUUACUUUGAUAACCCAAACUUUGACCUUUAUGAGGCUAAGCUCCAGAAAAAUGAUGUCUCUCCAUCAUUGAGAAUCAGAUGGUCCGGUAAGCUCACCGACAAGCCUGAUAUUACCAUUGAAAAGAAGGUCAUUGAUCAUACUUCCUCCUCUGGUGACUACAUUCCUGAUGAGCGCAUUGAAAUCAAGGAAAAAUAUAUUCAGCAAUUCAUUACGGGCAAGUACCACAUGGAAAAAACUGUCCAAAAAUUGAAGGCCCGUGGCUCCUCCCAACACGAAGUUGACGAAUACCAAAAAACUGUCACUGACCUCCAGGACUUUAUUGCCGAGCAUGACCUCCAGCCCGUUGUUCGUACUGUUUAUACCCGCUCAGCCUUUCAAAUCCCCGGUGAUAACCGUGUUCGUGCUAUUCUUGAUAGUGACAUUGUCUUUAUCCGUGAAGACUCAUUUGAUAAGGACAGACCUGUCAGAGACCCUGAAAACUGGCACCGCUCAGACAUUGACGUCCCUGGCGUUGAAAACCCCUUCUCCAUCCUCCGUAAGGGUGAAUAUGUCAAGUUCCCCUUUGCCGUCUUGGAAAUUCGUGUUUUGAACAAGGGUGACCCUACUACCUCUACCCUCGCCACCACUCCUGGCACCAGCGUCAAGUCUAUCUCUGCUUUGGUCCCCACCAAGCGCCAUGGCAAGUGGAUCUCCGAACUCACAAAGUCUCACCUAGUCAAGGAAGUCCCCAAGUUCUCCAAGUUUAUCCAGGGUAUUGCCUCUCUCUUUGCUGAGGAUGACAGACUUGACCUCUUGCCCUUUUGGCUCCAUCUCUUGGAGCACGACAUUCGCCAAGACCCCAAGCAGGCCUGGGAGGAACAGCGCCGCCGCAUCCAGGAGUCCAAACAAGCUUCUGUUGAGUCGGAUAAGCUUCGUCUUCUCACUUCCCGUUCAUCCCCUCGCGUCGAGCCUGUUUCUUCUCCCAAGGUCUCCGCUGCAGGCCCCUCUUCUGCACCUGUCUCUUCUGGAACUGCCGCUUCUUCCAGCACCCCAGUCUCGGAAACUACUGAGGUUGCUCCCACUGAUGAAGACGCUUCCAAGAAGAAGGCCGACGAAUAUGAUGAUGACUCUGACCUUGAUGAUGACGAUUCGGAUCUUGAGGAUGAGGAAGACCUUCAACACCUUUCCCGUAAGGCCCGUGGCAAAAAGCUCCUCCAGCGUCUUGCCUUUUGGCCUUCCUCAGGUCCCCGUCUUGAAGGUGACUCUGAAGAUGAGGAAAUUAUUCUCCCCCCUGGUGUCGUCAAGCCUAAUACUCUUCUUCGCCAGAGCGGUCCUGUCAAUGUUGAGGUUAAAGUUUGGCUUGCCAAUGAGCGUACUUUCAACCGCUGGCUCCACGUUUCUGUUCUUUUCUCUGCCCUUACUUUUACUCUUUACAGUUCCGUCAAUAAGGCCCGUGAUCAGACCACUGCCACUCUGAUUGCUUACAUUUUGUUUGGCAUUACUGUCUUUUCGUGUCUCUGGGGUUAUGGUACUUAUCUUUACCGUCUUAAGCACAUUCGCAAUCGUUCCGAAAUGCAUCUUGACAACCCUACUGGCCCCAUUGUUAUUGCACUCGGUCUCCUUGCUUGCCUUACCCUUAACUUCGUUGCCAACUAUAACAACAAGGUCUUACACCCCAAGAAUCCCAAGAUGGGAGGUGAAAGUCUUAACAGCACUGUCUAUUAG